UAAAGAACAUAAUCACAAGGCGUGUCAUUCCACAAUACACCCGAUUGAUUCACGUUACCUGUGCAUCAAGCAUGAAUGUGGUAGGGUGUGACGCAAUAUACACGGGCCUUUUAAAUGAUCAUCGUAGAAUGUAGAGAGCGAAACGAAAGUAGAACACAGCAAAUGCCUGAAGAUAUUUCACUACUGUAAGUCACACCAGACCUGGGAUCUGCAGGUCUGAGAAAGAUUUUCAGCGUUGAAAUCCAUUGUUUCAGGUGGAUGAGAAUUAGUGCGUGACCCAGAUGUUUACGUACUUAUGAAAGAAAAGAUGAUCUUAUGUUUCCUCAUAGUUCUGCUCAAUCAGUGUUUUGGGGAAGUUUUGAGCUGUCGUGCAUCAACAGCAACCAUAUCAUAUGUAUCUUCCUGUCCGAAAAAUAAAGAGGAGUUGGAAAAGGCGUCCAGAUUGAAGAAUUGUGAAAGCAUAGCAGUCAUUCAGAAUUGCACAGCUCCUGUAAAGUUUCAAUAUCACUGUUUGAUGAAUCAUUGGCGAAACGCAACAUUGGAAGUUUGUGCACCAAUAUUUUACCUACAAGGUUAUUGUGCCGAGUACAACACCCGCGUUAAACAAGUGGUGGAAAACUACGACGACGGAUUUGAAUGUCUGACGUUCCCUGAAUCUCAAAGAUGUCCGACAAGAUACGCGUCAAACGAGGCCUACAAAUAUCAGGCGUGCUAUAGUUACAACCAUCAACAAACCACAACAAUGAGAGCAGCAUGCAUUACUGAAGCAGUAAGGUCUGAAGACAACGAUGUGAUUGGCCUUGUGUUCAUAAUCCUAGUAUUGCUGACCUUCGGUUCAAUUGCUCUGAUACUUGUUUUGGUCAAGUAUAGGAGACAAAUUUCGGAUAAAAUGUUCCAUGGAAGGUGUACAUCUAGAGAUAAUCAUUCAUCAGAAAUAAAAGAAGAGGAAAUAAUAGGACUUCUUCAUACAGGCAAGCCUACUAGUGCAGACCUACAUGUAGAAGGAAGUCUUCCUAAAGUCAAUGUUGACGAAGAGCAUUUACGUACAUAUGAUAUUGAUAGCAAGUCCACAGAGCAAAGUAGCAAAACUUCACUACCAGAAGAACACGAGGGUUCGUCUAAUGUGGAAUCGGUUUCAACCACUGAAUCUGGUCCACUGCUAGACGUACUCGAGGGGUCGUCUAAUGCGGAGUUAGUUCCAACCACUGAAUCUGAGAAAGGUACAGAGAGUAUCGACAGCAAGUCCAAAGGGCAGAGUAACAAAAUGGAUAAAUCAAAUGAAAAAUCAGGAAACGCACAAUCACAGCAACCACAGCCAAAGAUUUCCUCAAAACCUACAAUGAAAAUGUCAAUUGAAGAGGGCCACAAUAUAUCCAGCGAUAAGAAAUCUAUAACAAAGCCUAGGAAAACCAAACGGGCACCAGACCCUCCUCCAGGAAACAUCACGAAAAACAAAAACUGAUAUCUUUCUUUUACAUGAAUGCAUGUAAUUUUCUAGGAAAUUAGUGAUGUACAUUAUUGAAAAACGAAUAAGAGAUCGAAUUUAGAUCGGAUUGUUGUGAAUAUACAAUAUAAUGUUCUAAAUGUACAUCUAAUUUGUUACUUUCAUAAACAAUUAUUGUUUGUUAAUAUGUUACUUUCAUGAAUUAUCACUUAUAGUUAUUGUCUGUUAACAGGACAUAGGAUAAAAUAUAGCAUAUAAGAAUAAGGAUAAUUUGUCCUAUUUAGCGAUAUAUGAGGUUUGUUAUUUUGCGUAUGUAUAUAGUUCGUCAAUACAACCUCGCAUUGGGUCAAAUGCUGUCUGUCGUGUUUCAUACCGAUUGUUAAGCCGUUCUUGGCACACUGAUUUGACUGCGGAUAACUCCGUUUACCUGAUCAGGAUAUGGGGCUCACGGCGGGUGUGACCGGUCAACAGGGGAUGCUUACUCCUCCUAGGCACCUGACCCCACCUCUGGUGUGUCCAGGGGUCCGUGUUUGCCCAACUAUCUAUUUUGUAUUGCUUGUAGGAGUUAUGAGAUUGAUCACUGUUCGUUAUCUUCACCUUGCAUAUGAACGUGUAUCAGUCGAGCUUGUCGUAGAAGAUAUGUUUUGAAAAAAAGUUUGUAUUGAAGAAAAAUGUGUUCUGUUAUCAAUUAAUAGAUGUAAAUAUGUCAUUCACAAAAAAUAAAUCGUAAGGUAAUAGACACUGCAGCUUGUCAAAUGUUGCUGUGAUAUGAGGCAUCAAAAUGGUAUGAUGACUUAUCGCCUUUGCUUGAUAAAGUAAAAGGAGACCAGGUUGUUGGAAUAUAUAUAUAUAUAUAUAUAUAUAUAUAUAUAUAUAUAUAUGUACCAAUAACUGCGGUUUUUAGGCAUGAAAAAGAUUCAAUAUGCUUGCAUUCAACUGUAAUAUACAAUGUCAGUAGGUUGUUUCAAUGUACUUGUGUUCAAAGGAUCCAACGUCCAGAAAAUUUGGUGCAAAAUCUACACCGAUAUCAAAUUCAAAAUCACAGAGAACUCGAAGAACUGGAAGUUAUAUGACAUAUUACAUUAUUUCAUAUUAUAUUAUGUUACAUAUAUCUUAUAUUAAAAUGACGGCGAUCUGACAAACGGGAUGAUUUCAGCUUCUCAAUCGUCAAAGUCCCAUAUUUAUAUAGCAAUAUUUCAUUAUCACCUGGAUAUGGUGUUUAUAUCUCUCAACUGAUUCGAUACACAAGAGCUUGUUCUGCGUAUAUUCAGUUUUUAAAUCGAGUCAAGCUACUGACAAACUAGUUGAUGGUACAGUGGUUUCAACUGUCUCGAUUGAAGUCGGCAUUUUGCAAAUUUUAUGGUCAUUAUAACGAUCUAGAUUUUCAAUACAACCUAUCAUUGGGUCAAAUGCUCUCUGACGUGUUUCAUGCCAAUUGUUAUGCUGUUCUUUACACACUGAUAUUGGCUACAGAUAACUGCGUUUACCUGAUCAGGAUAUAGGGCUCACGGCGGCUGUGACCGGUCGAUAGGGGAUGCUUGCUCCUUCUGUGCACCUGAACCCACCUCUGGUUUGUCCAGGAGUCCGUGUUUGCCCGGCUAUCUAUUUGUAUUGCCUAUAGGAGGUACUUCACCUUUCAUGACAAUCAUUUUACAGAGAAUGACGAGGAUCAAUUUUGUAAACAAUAUACUUUAACAAAAAUAGUGGAUAUAAGAAAUUAAAUCUUCGACCAGACUCAGUUCCACCUAUCUUUAACUACGGACAUAUUGCAAGCAUGGUGAAGACGGCAACAUUCUUCAAAACGUAGCCUGUUUCAUCAAAGACAAUGACAAUAGUACAAAUGUAAAUUUUAUAUUUACGUACAAUAUACUGUACACUAUGAAUUGAAAUUAAAAAUAUGCUGGAGUUCCUUAUUGACAAUAUCUUUGUAGUUUUUGGUGAUCAGGUCUUCCAACAAUCUGUUCGAAUUCCCAUGGACACAAAUUAAGCUUCUUUAUUAGCUGACCUGUUUUAUAUUCAUACGAAGCAGAAUUUAUUCAAAAACUUUUUCGUGGCAAGAAAAGAUAUCUUGCUUUGGUCUUCAAUGCGACAUUUAGAUAUGUUGACAACAUUUUAUCUAUUCAUAAAGCUAAUUUUCAUUCAUACGUCGAUUCGAU